UAAUCAAAAUUUAGGGCAACAGCACAAGAAAAGUGUGUAAUCAACAAAGCCCAUUAGUCGACGACCGAAAAAAGAAAAGCCCAUUUGUUUUCAUAAGAAAAACAAAGCCCACAGUUUGAAAGAAAGUGGACUUCUUCGUUAAGACCCAACAGAAAGCAAGGCCCAAAAGAGAGGACAGGCCGUAGAAAGAACCCAGAUUCUGAUUUCCUGGGGCGAGGCAUAAUUAAGAUUGGAAAUGGGCCGAACUGAUUUCCUUGAUCCAAUAAAUAUUUAUAUUGAAGCGGCUAAAGUUUCUAGGGUUUCUGCCUUCCUUCCCAAACCAGAAUUACUCUCACUCACUCAACACUGCGUCAAAGAUCCGGUGACAAUGGUUGGCGGCUUUGAAGUCGGUGCAGUUCCGUUCAAUCCCGACGGUUGGGGUCCGCCGGAGUCAUCCACGGCCACAACUACUCUCCCCAUCAACGCCCCUUUUGCUCCCUUCUCCCGGUCUGAAAAGAUUGGCCGCAUCGCCGACUGGACCCGUAACUUCUCUUCCGCCGCCGCCAACCCGUCCAACCGCCCCUCCUCUGGGAAAGUGGGUGCCAAUUCCGAUGCUCCCUUCGACUUCUCCUCGGACCUCGACGCUUUCCCCCUUGCCAACGCCGAUGACGACUCUUCCUUCCGGCUCGUUGAUGCCAAGCCCCCUCCUCGCCCCAAGUUUGGCCCUAAAUGGCGCUUCAAUCAGCACCGUCCGCAGCUUCCACAGCGUCGCGAUGAGGAGGUGGAGGCCCGGAGGAGAGAGGCUGAGAAAGAAAGAGCUCGCCGGGAUCGUCUCUACAAUCUCAACCGAUCAAACCAGAACCAGGCCCGUCGCGAGGCUGCCGUUUUCAAGUCCUCUGUCGACAUCCAGCCCGAGUGGAACAUGCUCGACCAAAUUCCCUUUUCCACCUUCUCCAAGUUGUCGUUCUCGGUCCCUGAGCCCGAAGAUUUACUUAUGUGCGGUGGGCUUGAAUACUACGAUCGCUCCUUCGAUCGCCUCACCCCGAAGAAUGAGCGGAGGCUCGAGAGGUUUAAGAACAGGAACUUCUUUAAAGUCACCACCACUGAUGAUCCGGUGAUCAGGAGAUUGGCAAACGAGGAUAAAGCCACUGUUUUUGCUACCGAUACCAUUCUUGCAACCUUAAUGUGCGCCCCCAGGUCAGUUUACUCGUGGGAUAUUGUGAUUCAGCGAGUUGGGAACAAGUUGUUCUUUGAUAAGAGAGAUGGGUCGCAGCUGGAUUUGCUGUCUGUGCACGAGACCUCACAGGAGCCGUUGCCAGAGGCUAAAGAUGAUAUUAACUCUGCAUAUUCCUUGAGCGUGGAGGCAGCAUAUAUAAACCAGAAUUUCUCUCAGCAGGUUUUGGUGAGGGAUGGGAAUAAGCUAACCUUUGAUGAGCCAAACCCGUUUGCAAAUGAGGGAGAUGAGGUGGCGUCUGUGGCUUAUAGGUAUAGAAGGUGGAAGCUUGAUGAUGAUAUGUAUCUUGUUGCACGGUGUGAGGUGCAGAGUGUGGUUGAGAUUAACAAGCAGAGGUCGUUCCUUACUUUGAAUGCUCUUAAUGAGUUUGAUCCAAAAUAUUCAGGUGUUGAUUGGAGGCAGAAAUUGGAGACGCAGAGAGGUGCAGUUUUGGCCACUGAAUUGAAGAACAAUGCCAAUAAGUUGGCUAAGUGGACUGCUCAAGCACUGUUAGCCAGUGCAGAUACGAUGAAAUUGGGUUAUGUUUCAAGGGUGCAUCCUAGGGAUCAUUUUAACCAUGUAGUAUUGGCUGUUGUUGGGUAUAAGCCAAAAGAUUUUGCAGCACAGAUUAAUCUCAACACCUCCAAUAUGUGGGGAAUUAUCAAGUCUAUUGUGGAUUUGUGUAUGAAGUUGAAUGAGGGGAAGUAUGUUCUUGUAAAGGAUCCAUCUAAGCCUCAAGUGAGAAUUUAUGAAGUUCCUCCAGAUGCAUUUGAGAAUGAUUAUGUUGAGGAACCUUUGCCAGAGGAGGAGCAGGUUCAACCACCUGCUGAGGAUGCUGAAGGUGGGGAGGCUAAUGGUGUUGCGAAUGAUGUGGAUGAUAAAGAACUUGAGGCUCAAACUUAAGCAUUGAUGGAGCCGGCAGAACCAAAAUUUUGCUAGUUGCAGAGUAAUGUACGUGUCUGAGGCUGUUGUUCACAACGUAUGGGUUUGAAGAGCACUAUUUAUCAGUAUUUUUGAUUGAGCAGGAGUUUUCUGAGAGCUAGAGCUUUGGUUGUCAAACACACAAUUGACAUGUGGAUUGUUUACAUUUUCAUGUCACCUAGGAGUGUCAUCUUAAUUUUUGUUACUGGGGUUUUCUUAUUAUUUUCUUCGUAAACUUAAACCUAGAUUUAGCUUUUGAGAUGUGAUUUUUUUUUUUUCUUUCCUUCACAUUUGUUCACAGUGGAAUUCUUUAAUUCGCAGGCAGGGACACUAGCUAUUUGUAAAAUUCCCCAUUCCUUGAAUUAUGAAUUCCGUGGUGACAAAAUAAAGCAAAAGUCACAUUCAUUUUUGGUUAGAUUAAAGAAAAAAAGGAGUGUAAGUUGGGUAACAAAAAUCUUGUAUUUUCAAGUACAUCAUUAUGGAUUGGAUUAGUUUUUGCAGUGGUUAUCCUUAAUUCUCUUAUUUCUUGAAUCUAUACAUUUCCAAAUCCAAAGGGGACCCCACUUGUGAAUUUCUUGGAUUGUGAAACACAUUGAAAUUCAACACAAUAUCAAUGAAUCCCCAAAAAGAUAAAUAGAACUUGAAUGA